AUGUCCCUCACAUACACUCCAGUUAGCGACAUCCCCAAGAUCGUCCAGGGCCUUCGCUCGGCGUUCCACGCCGGUGUCACCAGGUCGCUUGACUUCCGCAAAACGCAGCUCCGAGCCAUGUACAACAUGAUCUCCGAAAAUGAUGCCGCCAUCCGCGAGGCUGUCUUCCUGGACCUCCACAAACCCCCAGCAGAGCUCAUGAUUGGUGAAUCGGGCAUGGUCAAGCAGGAAUGUAUCGAUGCCAUCAAGAACCUCGACAAGUGGGCCGCCAACCGCUCUGUCAAAACAGGAAUCGUCAACAAGUUCGACAAUGUCCACAUCCGCAAGGACCCCUUGGGUAUGGUCCUGAUCAUCGGCGCUUGGAACUACCCCCUGAAUCUGCUGUUGGCCCCUGCUGUCGGCGCGAUCGCCGCCGGAAACACGGUUCUGUUGAAACCUUCCGAGGUCGCCCCCCACACCGCUGCCCUCUUGACAAAGUUGUUGUCCGCCUACCUCGACCAGCGCGCCUACAGGGUCGUCAAUGGCGCUGCCGCCGAGACUUCUUUGUUGCUCGAGCACAGGUUCGAUCACAUCUUCUACACUGGCUCUGGUCAGGUUGGAAGGAUCAUCAUGGGCGCGGCUGCGAAGCAGCUCACCCCCGUUACCCUCGAACUCGGAGGCAAGAGUCCUGCUUUCAUCUCGCGCGAUGUCGAUAUUGCGAUCACGGCCCGUCGCCUGGCCUUUGGCAAGUUCUUCAACUGCGGUCAGACCUGCAUUGCGCCGGAUUACCUGAUUGUCGAGCGCGGUAUCGAGGAUAAGCUGAUCGAAGCCUUCAAGGCAUCGAUCCUCGAGUUCUACGGCACCUCUGUCCAGUCCUCCAACUCGUACGGCCGCAUCGUCAACAAGUCGCACUUCCAGCGUCUCAAGGGACUCCUCGACGAGACAAAGGGCAAGAUUGUCGUUGGUGGUGAGCUGGACGAGGACAACCUGUUCAUCAGUCCUACUUUAGUCUUGGGAGUUGAAAAGGGCGACAAGUUGAUGGAGGGUGAGAUCUUUGGACCCAUCCUGCCCCUCAUGAUUGUUGACCGUCUUGUCGAGGGUGUCAAGUAUGUCAACCAGGGCGACCAACCCCUGGCACUGUAUGUCUUCAGCAAGAACAAGAAGGCGAUCGAUUAUAUCUUGGACCACACUCGCUCGGGAGGUGUUGUUGUCAACGACGCGUUGGUUCACUUUAUUGUGUCAAACUUGCCGUUUGGCGGAACUGGUCCUUCGGGUAUCGGAAACUACCACGGCAAACGUUCCUUCGACGUCUUUUCGCACGAGCGUAGUGCCCUUAUCAAGUCCAUGGGCAUGGAGAAGCUCAACGACUUGAGAUAUCCUCCUUACUCGGAGAAGAAGACUCGCUGGUUGGACUGGUUCCUGUUCGACAAGGCAAGCUUCGGUGGCAAGGCAGCCAUCGAUGCCCCCCCUUCCAACACUCGCAGCAGCAACUCGUCAACCGUCAACGGCGCGUCAUCAAUCUCAUCCAACCCCAACGGCCGUACCUCGUCGCCCGCCCUCCCUGAGAACCAGCACCACAAGGCUGCUGCCAAGUCUGAGAACGGCAAUAUCUCCCAUGCGCCAGAGGCCUCUACUGCCACCGCUACUACUGCUGUUUAA